AUGUGGUUGCAGAACCUGUUCCUCCUAGGCAGUGUGGUCUGCACCAUCUCUGCACCCACCCAGCAGCCCAGCACUGUCAGCCAGCCCUUGAAGCAUGUGGAUGCCAUCAAGGAGGCCCGGAGCAUCCUGAGCCGCAGUAACGAUUCUGCCACUGUGCUGGACGAAAUGGUAGAAGUCGUCUCUGAAAUGUUUGAUCCUCAGGAACCAACUUGCCUGCAGACCCGCCUGGAACUGUACAAGCAAGGCCUUCGGGGCAGCCUGGAGCGGCUCUCGAGUACCCUGACUUUGAUGGCCAGCCACUACAAGCAAAACUGCCCCCCAACCCCGGAAACUUCCUGUGAGACCGAGUUUAUCACCUUCAAAAGUUUCAAAGAGAACCUGAAGUGCUUUCUGUUUGUCAUCCCCUUUAACUGCUGGGAGCCAGUCCAGAAGUGA